AUGGGAGUCCUCACCUCCCCCAGAUCAUCUACAAGGUUUCGGGAUCUCCCCAAGGAUCAGCAGAUUGGUGGCUAUCCUCGACCAGGGCAGCUUUCAGGCAACGUGGACGAGCUGGAGCUGGAUUCGGAGGGGCGCUGCGUCAUCCUUGAAUUCACUGCCUUCGUCCUUCUCGGAGUCUAUAGUCCAGCCAACCGAGACCAGUCUCGCAAUGACUUUCGCCUAGGCUUUUUCGAUGCUCUCGAUGUUCGAAUACGAAAUCUAGCUAUGAUGGGCAAGAGAGUCAUCCUCACGGGAGAUUUAAACGUCAUCCGCUCCGAGAAAGAUUCUACGAAUGUGGCUGAAGGCCUUCACAAAGAAGGGCUAUCCCUCGACGAUUGGAUAUCUAUGCCUUCACGACGAAUCUUCAACCAUCUUAUUUAUGAAGGCAUGGUCUUGGGAAACCGAGAUGAAGGUCGAGAGGUACCUAUUCUCUGGGAUCUUUGUCGCCUUUUCCACCCUGAGCGAGAAGGCAUGAACACCUGCUGGGACACGAAGCGGAAUACUCGACCAGCGAACAACGGCAGCCGGAUCGACUACGUUCUCUGCAGCAACGAGCUGAAAACCUGGUUUACACAUGCCAACAUCCAGGAAGGCCUCAUGGGAUCCGAUCACUGUCCUGUGUACGCCGUGAUGGCGACUACAGUCAUGGUCGACGGCCGAUCUGUCGCCCUGCAAGACUUGAUGAAUCCUCCUGGCAUGUUCAGCGAUGGUAACCGAGUCAGAGAUUGGUCCCAUAAGGACACCCUUUCUCUCUCUGCCAAGCUGAUACCUGAAUUCGACCGCCGCCGAAGCAUUCGCGAUAUGCUCUUCAAGAGACCCGAAAGAAUAGCAUCUGCCUUGCAGCAGAACGAUCUCGCGAACGAGAAAGGCGACAACGUUCCUGAGGUAUCAAAGGAUCCUGAAGCUAGUGACAAACUCAUCGAAGCAGACAUCAAAUUGCCUCCAAUUAUUCCUUCCGCAGCAGAUAUCGCGGGUCGGCUUGGGAAGCGUACCAAGUCAACGAGCAACGGGGACGGCCUCAAAGCCAAACCGGUCAAACCGGCGCCCGGUCAAAAAACCCUGAAGGGUUUCUUCAAACCACUAGCUGUUGCGUCCGAAGCUGCAUCGGCACAGACCAAACGGACACAGGAUGCGGAUGCAGAUGGCAGUCAAAGUUCAGCAAUGUCAAGUAUUGCAACUCUCUCCAAUAUGGCCAACCUGGCCGAGUCGGCCGACAAUGUGAAAGUUUUCGAUCCCAUUGAAGCGAAGGAGUCGUGGUCCAAGCUUCUCAGCAAACGGGUACCACCACGUUGCGAGCACGAUGAGCCCUGCAUCAGCUUGCUCACGAAGAAACCCGGCGUCAAUUGCGGUAUGUUGAGCGGGGCUAUGGGCGGCAUGCUCAACACUCUUGAGUGA